GAACUGCUCUGUAAAUCUGGGUCACGGCUUUUAGUCUUCCGGUCGUUUUCCUGCCUAACUUUCCUUUUUUUUUUCAUCUCCUUCUCCUCGCGGCUUGCAGCACAGUUCGAUGCCAACCUGACGUUGCAGAGCUCGUUCGGCCACCUGCGCAAGCGCGCCCGGUCCCUGCUGCGUUGCUGGAGCGAAGAGCGCGACCCGGCGCACAUCGUGUUCGAGCGGCCGGGCGGCCUCCCCCGCGCCUCGCAGCGGCUCCUGCAAGGCUCCGAGGCCCACAUCCUCAUCCUGCCUGGCAGCGCAGGCCUGUCGCGUGCCGGCCUCUUCUCGUGCCGCGUGGACUCCGGCGGCAUACCCACUGCGGUGGCGACGCUCAAGUUGCCGCCCACCGCCGCCGCACAGGUGGAGCCACUGCAGGCAUACGUUGUGGCACACGUGGGCGACACUGUGCACCUGAGCGUCACCAAGCGCAUGCACCUCGCCGAGCCCCUGGUGUGGCGGCUGGAAGGAGUGGAACUGCCCGAGUACGAGGGCAGCGAGACGGUCACACUGGUGAACGUCGAACAUGCGGACGCGGGAGUCUACGAAUGUCACUACCGCGGCGAAAGGGACAAGAGACUGCACGCCUGGAUACGACUCGUCGUGGCCGGUUGUCCCCGAGGCAAGUUCGGUCCCACGUGCCAGGAGGAGUGUCCCCCAUGUCGCAAUGGAGGCAUGUGCCACGACACCUACGGCGUGUGCGUGUGCCCCGCGGGAUUCGCCGGACCCAACUGCGACACCCCGUGUGGUCCCAACCGCGUGGGGGCCCAGUGCGACCGCGUGUGCAGCCCGGCGGCUUCGCCGGACAGUGAGCGCCGGGGUUGCGGGCUGCACGUCUUUUGCAAGCCGGACCCCAUGAGCUGCUCCUGCGCGCCGGGAUUCAAGGGACCGCAAUGCAACCAAGAGUGCGAGGCGGGCUACUACGGUGCGGACUGCCUCCAACGGUGCCACUGUGCGGUGGAGGGCGACUGCGACUCCAUCACUGGAGAGUGCCCGAAAGGCUGCUCUGCUGGGUGGACGGGGGAGUCGUGCCACAUGCAAGGUGACAGCCCGACAACGUCGACCAAGUCGGUACCGACGCAGAAGCCCAGCUGUCCACCGGGCUGGUUCGGAAAGACGUGCUCGCAUCGCUGCCACUGUGCCGACGGCGAGGCCUGCGAUCCGUCUUCGGGCGAGUGUCCGGGUUCCUGUCGGCCGGGAUACUCAAGGCCCACCUGCGCUGAAUGCCUGUCCGGGAUGUUCGGCGAGAACUGCUCCCUGACUUGUCACUGCUGGAACGGUGACCAGAACUGCAUGUCCGACGGGCGCUGCCACGACGGGUGUGCUGCCGGAUGGAUGGGAGAGCACUGCCAGCAAGCUUGUUCCACCAACACGUUUGGGCCGGAUUGCGCGUAUGAGUGUCACUGUGCCGAGGACAGCGGCGCCUGCGAUGCCGUGUCCGGAACCUGCAGCGCCUGCGAGCCCGGAUACCAGGGCCUCAGCUGCCAGGAGAAGUGCAAGGCGGGCAAAUACGGCGAGAACUGCUCGGAGAGCUGCUCGUGCCUGCACGGCGAGACCUGCCACCACAUCAACGGCAGCUGCCAGUGCACGGGGCCCCACCGGGGUCACUCCUGUGACGAGAUGGUGCCCGAGGUGCUGCCAUCGGAGGAAAUGGUGGUCGACCAAGGUCAUCCAGGCUCGCUGGAGUGCCUCGUCGAAGCCAACCCCGCGCCCGUGAUCGAGCUCAGCAACCAAGAGACCCGCCAGAACCUCACCAAGGUGACGGUGACGGACGAAGGCGGGGGCGCCUACAGGGCCUCAGCACCGCUGCCCCGAGGCAUGGAGCCGGGCAGCUACAAGUUCCACUGCACCGCCAGGAAUGAACACGGAUUCGACGUCGGAACGCUGCACGUGACGGUCUUGGGUCCCCCCGAGCUGACCUCUCCGCCACAAGUGAAGAUGUCGGCUGACUCAGCAGUCGUAUCCUGGGAGCCUUCCAACUCGCCAACCAAGAAGCACGGUGGGCGAGGCAACCAAAUUGAGUACCAGCUGCACGUCCGUGCGAAAGCGGCCGGCGGCAACUGGACGACGGUGGGCCCGUGGCAGACGGCCGUGCGCCAGAACGCCUCGUCCCUCGAGCCGGACACCGAGUACGAGUUCGCCGUGCAGCUGCGGAGGGGCAAGCUGACGGCGUGGGGGCCGCCGGUGUCGGUGCGCACGCCCUGUCGAGCUGACAGCCCCGAGGCGGUACCGAAGAACGUGGUGGCCAAGGCGCUCUCGGACAGUCGCAUAUCCAUUCGGUGGGAGAAACCGGACCCGAAGCUGCUGGGCUGCAAGCUGGUCGGCUUCGAGGUGGACCUGAGCGCGGGCAACGCGCCGUCGACCGUGCGGAGCCUGGACGCGGACACCGUGCACACCGUGGUCGACAACCUGGACGCCGACAGCAGCUACGACGUGGCCGUGUACGCCGUCACCUCCGCGGGACGCAGCAUGUACAGCGGAUCGGCCACUGCGAAGACGGCUCGGGCAGUUCCGGGCCCUGUGGAACACCUGAACGUGGUCCGAUCGAAUGCCACCAGCGCCAUGAUCACGUGGGACGCUCCUGCGGGAGUACGCCACCCUCACCACCUGGAUUACCGCGUGGCUAUCGUUGUUAGAGACCUGGGCGGAUGCGGCCACAAGGGUUCAGAACAAGUAUCUCUCAUACAAGCUACGCAGUUCCAUGUCGACGGGCUGGUGCCGCACUCCUGGUACGAGGCAGGUGUGAGCGCGAGCAGCGGCCACGGAUACGGGAAGAGGAGGGAGGUCAGCUUCCUCACUGCCGCAGCACCGCCCAGCAAACCGCCUGGUAAGGUGCGCGUGGUGUGGGCAUCGUCGAGGAGCCUGCACCUGAGCUGGGAAGCGCUUUCCUGCUUGGACGCACGCGGACCGCUGCUUUACUACCACGUCCUAUACUACGCCGACUUGAGGGCCGAGGACGACCAAUGGGCAAACACCACAGACACGAACCUGACGCUCCAGGGUCUAAUGCCUUUCCAGAAACACACAAUGCGCGUGAGAGCUGUCAACAGCGCCGGAGCAGGGCCUCUCAGUCCUCGUGUGACGGUCAGCACUACAGAAGACGUGCCCAGUGAACCGGAGUGGCUCGCAGUCGAGGAGGUUAACGAGACAGCUGUUCGCUUGUCCUGGCAACCACCGGACGAACCAAACGGAGUCCUCACUGGUUACGAGAUUAUGGUAACGGAGCAGGUCGACAACGCCACGGAGGAUAACAGCUCCGUCCUACUAGCCACGACGGUGGGACCCGACGUCAGGGAGCUGCUGCUGUCCCAGCUCUUGAACGGACGAAGCUACACCGCCAAAGUCAGGGCCACCACGAGCGUAGGGCACGGCCCUCCCCUCAUGGUUCACUUCGCCACGCUCUCUUUGGUGGGAGCGUCGGUGCAGGACGACGUCUACGGGUCUCUGCAUUCCUUGAUUCCGUGGGUCGUGGCUCCCUUCGGUGUGGCCAUCUUCCUACUGCUCGUCAACGUGGCGCUAGUGAUAAUUAUCAGCCGAAAGAAGCACCGUAGCCUGGAAGUUAGCGGCGUUCCCUUCAGGAGCUCGACAGCUUCGACCGCGGAGUGCGACGAAUUCGAGCUCUCCAAGCAUCCCGCACCGAGCGACAGCGCCUCUCAGGACGGCUUCUUCGUUGACUGGAGUCCCCCCCGCUCGUUCGAGAGCACGUACAUCUAGUGUGUCGCACGCACGGUGUUGACCUAUCGCCAGCAGAGCCAUCACUUCCGCGACGACAAACUUCACAUUUCGGCCUCUUCAUCUCAGGCUGCUCCUUCUGCGCUGUUCAAGUCGCCAGCUCUGCAGGGUCCAUGGCGACCCUAAUCAAACGUUCCACGUCUCAUACAGCAUUCAUAGACACUCGGUGAUUUAUUUUCCAACAUUGAAAAAAAGAAAGAGUAUUUCCUCCUGCUCGGUCACUUGUGCCGAACGAAAGCAUCCACAAAACACAAUGACAUUGCAUCUGGCCUAGUACUCGAUGCAUCGCUUACGCAGUGAAUAACGCUGAAACCGAUGUGUCUGUUUCAAACGCUGAAAUCGCGUGUCAUUGGAAACUUUCGACGUGCUUCGCUUAUAAAGGUGCCCGCUCAAUUCGUUUGUUUAUAUGUCAUAUUUAACUACGCAUAGAAAAAAGCUAGCUGGCGGGCGGAACCGCUUGAGGAAAAUGAAUUAGACCAAAGCUCUAGCUUUGUAGUUUUGCAUUACAGCUCUACGAUCUUGUGUCACAGAAAAAAAAAAGAAAAGGCGGUGGGAGAGGGGGGGGGGGGGUGCUUUGUUUGGAAUUGUGGUAAAUGAUCGCAUGCGAUUAUUAUGAUAAUUGAAGUGGGGAUGAUUAUGGCUUUCACUCAAAUGCCAAGGUUUGAGUGGCAGUGUGAAAGAGAAUUAAUAUAAGUACAAAGGAAAUAGAUCAAUAAAGAGAAUGAACUUAUGAAAGAGUAAUCAGGCCCUGCAAGAACAGGGAAAUAUCAAAAGAAGAAACGAAAGGAGAAUGUGAGAAAGGACAUAUCAGAAAAUUUAGGGAAAGAUAACAGAAAAGUAAACGUCAAUUCACUCUUCACUCUUCUUUCGAAGAGUGAAUCACACAUGUCUCGGCAAACUUUCCUGUGACUGAGGGCCACUACCGAGGCCUCAAGGGGAUUUACAACAAUAAUGCUCAAACUCAAAUCAAGACUACCUAAGGGAGCUUAAAUUUUGAGCCCUUAUUUCCUUCAUACUUCACCUGUCAUUAUAUGUAGUCAUCAUUUCUUUGUUCAUUUAGGCUCAUAUCUGCGCAUCACUACUAAAUAUUUCAAACUGAAUACGAAUAUCCUAAAACGAUAAAAGAAUGAGACAUAUUUAUUUCAUAAACUUCAUGAGUUCUAGACAGACAACAUCGACAUCAGAAAUUGGACAGGGAUGUCACAAUUUCUGUCCUAUGUACGUGAUGUUUCCUAGUAUACAAAGCGGUAAAAUUGAGUUCGACUGGUCAGCGACAAGGGAUACACCUUCGUCAUUUUUACGAUGACAGAGAGGAGGACAGCAAAAACUAAGAAAUCGAGUGUGCGUCCAUACAUGUGAUAGUAACCAGUGCGACAAAAUUGCGCACAAGAAUGAAGAAGGAACAAACACGAAACGCAUGUAUGCUAUUUCGUCGCGCUAUUUGUCAUCAUGCUUACUGUAAAGCAACUAGCCCGCUUUUCUGUUUUAUUAAGUCCAUACGCAGCCUACAUACAUAAAAUGCGCGGUUUUUAGCGUGACCUAUUUUAAACAAUAUAUAUAU